AUGCGAAAGAGAAAGAAUAAUGAAUCAUUAUCAAGAAGACAUUUUUUGCGUCGUACACAGAACAAUACCUCCAACCAUAUGGCUAUGCUUUUUCAAAAUGCUAAUCAGAAACAUGAACAAAAUGUAUCUUGUAUUCUAAAUUCUGAAGAUGUUUCUGCAGUUGUGGAUAAUACACCAGUCUCAACAAUAUCACCAUAUAAUUGUACUGAACCUCAAACAUUUUUAACUGUCAAUGAUCAAUGUGAUACAAACAUGAACUACAAUGAUAAUAUUGAUAAUGAAACUUUAAAAAUUAAACUGCAAAAAUGGGUUGCUGAAUUCCAUGUUUCACACAACUGUUUGAAUUCUCUUCUAACAAUUUUGCGGUCUGAAAAUCUGAAUCUUCCAAAAGACGCCAGGACAUUAUUGAAAAACCCCAAAAGCUAA